UGGCGUUGGAGGCGCAUGUCUGUUUCGUCUCUAUUUCAACCCAUAGCAUUGGGGCCACUAUGAAAGAACCUAAGCAACCAGAAUCACCAUUUCUGCCCAAUGAGAUAUGUGAAGACUGGGUUGGGCCACCAGACUCUGUGUCCAAAAUCAGGCCCAUUAGACAGCACAUUCCCACCAAUGAGACAGCCUUGGAGAAAAUUCUGAGGGAGAAACAAGCUAGCGUUCUGGCGUGGAAUCAUCUCUACUGGAAAAAGCACAACAAGGCCUUCAAACAAGAGCGGCGUCGUUUCGUCGAGCUUCGUACGAGGCCGGGCGCGGAAGCCGUCACCGACGACCAGAUGGCCGACUUCUACCGCGAGUUCAUGGAGCGCAACCGGGAGAAGCAUCGCCGCUACAACCUGCAGUGGUACGGCCACAACUUCCGCUUGCUGGGCCUGGCCGGCCUGGUGGCUCCGCUCCGGCUGCUGCGCGCGGUCCGCCUGCUGCGGUAGCGGCGCGCGCUAGUGCGGGUGCGGGCGGCGUCUGCGCGCGCUGGUGCGGGUGCAGGUGGUGGCUAGCGUGUCGCGGGUGCGAAUGCGCGAGGUGGCGGCGGAAUCCAGCGGCGUGCGGAGCUUUCAUUGUGGUCUGCUUGACUCAUGGCAGGAGGUGAUAUCUGUUUUAAAGAUUAGAGUGAUUGAGCUAGGUUGAGCAAUAUGCUGUUACGGUAUGCGUGUUGAAAUAUAAUGCUGCUGCGUAGAA